UCCUAUUCACACCCCAACCCACUCGCAAAACCAUACGUCAACGACCCGGUAACUCUUUGUCAACUUGAUAUUCCAAAUGGACGAAGCCUCUUUGAAAAAUCAUGCUAUCGCUACCACUCUAGACCUCCCCCCAAGCUGCAUAGAGUUUUCGCAGGCGUCGCCUGAAUAUUUUGUUGUUGGCACAUAUAACUUAGAAAAAGAUGACGCGGAGGAGAUGCCACAUGACCAAGAAAACGAUGAGGAUGAUAAUUCCAAGAGUGAAGUAAAGGCCCAAGAGAGAAAUGGCAGUCUCAUUCUUUAUAGAUUGGAAAAUGACGAAUUAUCCCUAACCUAUACCGUGACCCACCCAGCGGCAAUUCUUGAUCUUCAUUUCUCGCCCUUUUUUCCUCAGAUCAUUGCUGUUGCAUCCUCCACCGGCUCGAUAAGUCUAUACAAACUUGAACAGACGCCAAGACCUCACCCUGCCCUUCUUCAAACCUUCCAACUCUUCCCUGAGUCUACUCUCGUUUUAUCUCUAGCAUGGCACCCGUCACAUUCUCAACUCCUUGGCUGUACGUUGAAUACAUCUACAGUGGCGCUACUCUCUCUCUCGCCUGAUUUCACCCAAUGCACUGUACUCAGAGAUGAGCUCAGUCCGCAUGAUGAUCUAGAAGCUUGGACACUUGCUUUCUCACCAGCCCGGCCGGAUGGAAAGACAAUGCCGCAGGCACUGUAUUCGGGCGGCGACGAUAGCAAGCUACGAUGCCUCGCCUUUUCGUCUCUAGCUUCCUUGAGCCAUCCGCUCCCAGAGAUCACAGCCGCAUCGCCCGGUGGCAGCCGUGGAAUGCGAGGCCAUGAAGCUGGAGUCACGGCAAUCUUGCCUCUGCCUCUCGGAACUGAAGCUGGAAAGGAUAUAUUACUGACGGGAAGCUACGACGACACCGUCCGUGUGUUCGCUACUUACGACUAUCGCAACGGCCAAAAUUCAAAUUUUAAAGUGCUCGCAGAAAAGAAGCUGGGAGGUGGCGUCUGGAGGCUGAAGUUCAUGGACAAGGAAUCAGAAAAGGUGGCGGAUGGAGAGCGGUGUUUCAGAGUGCUGGCAUCGUGCAUGCAUGCAGGCGCAAGAAUCCUCGAAAUCCGAGGUUCGAAGGAGGGAGAAUGGACCAUUGAAGUGCUGGCCAGAUUUGAAGAACAUAAGAGUAUGAAUUACGGGUGCGACGUCCAGCCGCUGAAGAGAAAGGAUUGGAGAGGCAACAAGAACGGUGAUGAAGGAGGCGAUGGCGAUGCCAAGGAGAGAAAUAUUGUGUCCACAAGCUUUUAUGAUCGCCUGCUUUGCGUAUGGAAAUAUCCUUGAGGGUACUUCUGGU